AUGGGUAGCGCUUCGGAUAUUACCGAUCAUGUACAAUCUAUACUAACAAUAUCCAGCUUCUCAACUCAUCUUGAACAAUCACAAUCGCCUGCAAACCAAAUUGCGUUCCCUUCCAGUCCAGCAACUUGGCCGAUAUUGCCAGAACUUCGGACUGCAUGGUUCAUCACUCCCGACACAUGGGCCACAAAACCAUCUAACCCAGCUAAUGGAACCUCGACUACUACCUCCGAGGCGUGGAAGUAUAUCAACAAGCUACAGGGUUGGAUUGCGACCUGGGUAGGAAUCGGGAGCAAUCCCUUCAUCCAUGGUCGGCUACACCAAACCCGACCUCCUACUUGUAUCAAAGAUGCCUUUACCGCAGUUUCAAGCUAUAUCAUUCGCACAUCCUCGACAGAGGAAUUUAUCUUUCAAAUUCUCGAGGAUCGUGCAGCAGCUCUAAUCAGAAGUCCGGGGAGUCCUCUGCAGACACGCUCGACUGCUAUGCGCAUUGAUAUUCGUCAACGACAUCUCGCCGAACAACAACUAUCAACCCUCCGCUCCUGGUCUAACGAAAUGCUUGCCAGUGCACGAGACGCGGCCGAGAAUGACGACUUGCUUUUGUACAACACAUCCGAAGAUAACUUCGCAAUCAAGCAAACUGUGAUUGGCGAGCUAUUACCCAUAAUCAAGCACGAUGAAGUUCUUUGGCACUCAUGGAUUCUAUGUGAAAGCAUCCGGCGCACGUGGCUGGUGUCACAGAUGGUGUAUGGGAUCUAUACCACAUUACAGCAGGGUCUAAAUGAAUGUCCCGGGGGAAUCAUGUUCACAACGCAGAAAGGGGCUUGGGAUGCUCCGUCUGCCUUUUCGUGGACCAAGGUUUGUGCUGAGAAGAAUAAUAGCCCGGAGGAGGUGGAUGAGUUUGCGAAAACUCUUAUGGUACUUGAUGUUGGACUGGAGAGAUUACAAGAUUGGGGGUGGAAGAUUAACGAUUGA